AUGCGUGUAAGGCAUGAUCGGCUAAGGCUGACUCGCCCGUGGAUCUCGCUGCGUACCUUCUACCUUGCGGCAUCGCUAUGUUCGGGAAAGACUUGGUGCCUACCGGAGACGCAAGGCUCGACCACGUCGGACAACCAUGCCUCCGCCGUCGAGGGGAUCACCAACACCAAUAGCUCGUCCUUCUUCAGACCACAUAUACUCAUGAUUAUCAUGGAUGACUUGGGUUCGCACGAUCUCGGUAUACACGAAAACAGCGGCAUCCAAACCCCGCACGCGGACCAACUCGCUCGGGAUGGGUUGUAUCUGGACCAGUACUACGUCCUACCCUACUGCUCCCCGACCCGCGCUUCGCUUUUGUCGGGGCGGUAUCCGCUACACACUGGUUGUCACACGAUCGUCAACGACUGGGAAACGCAAGGUUUGCCCUUGGACGAGGAAACCUUGCCGCAAGUAUUGCGCCGUGCCGGGUACCAAGCCCACGCCGUAGGCAAGUGGCACGUUGGACAUUCACGGUGGACGCAAACCCCAACUUUUCGCGGCUUUCAAUCCUUUUUUGGAUUUUAUUUGGGCGCGCAGGACUAUAAUACCCACAUCAAGCAAGGGGAGCGAGGAAAUGCCUACGAAAUGCACUGGGAUGCACGGGGAAAAUGUGGACGGGACUGUUCGAGGCUCGUCGACGAAAGGGGAAACUAUUCGACCCACGUCUUUACACGAGAAGCCAUUCGUGUUAUUGAAAACCAUCCGCAGCGACCGCAUGAACCUCUCUUUCUUUAUCUGGCACACCAAGCGGUACAUUGGCCAGACCAAGUGCCGGAAACCUACCGAAAGUUUUACGAGGGUGCAACGUAUUCAAACUGGACGGAUCAGCGCAAAACGUAUGCAGGUAUGCUGAGUGCAGCGGAUGAGUCAAUAGGAAACGUUACCAAAGCUCUACAGGACGCUGGUAUGUGGGAAAACACUCUUGUCGUCUUUACCACGGACAACGGCGGACCGACAGCCGUGUGCGCUGCUCAAGGAUCGUCGAAUUAUCCAAAGCGAGGUGGAAAGUGCACCGUUUACGAAGGCGGAACGACGGGUGACGGCUUUGUCAGCGGACCGGCCUGGAAUAAGGUUGCUAGGUCAAGAAAGAAAGAAUAUUCGGAAACGUUGGAGCUGUAUUCCAAAGUGUUUCACGUUGUGGAUUGGUUGCCAACAUUAGCCCGCAUGACGGGUGCGACACCCAAUGGCAAGCCGCUGGACGGUGUCAAUCAAUGGGACUCCAUGCUUCAGAGAGAACCGAGUGCCCCACCGCCUCGCGAAGAAGUAUUUGUCGGUUACGCCUACUUUGGAAACCAAUGGUAUGGACCCGCGAUUCGGUACAAGCACUGGAAACUCAUUCAAGGACAGUCUGGGGGACCGGAAACAUCCCACGAUUUACCACCUGGAUCGUUUCUACCCGCACCAGGCGGUGCUCCUGGAGAGUAUCAACUAUACGAUUUGCAGAGUGAUCCUUCCGAGACGCAGAACAUUGCAUCGAGUUACCCCCUCAUUGUACAAAUACUACAGGGCAAACUUAUCGAGUAUCACGCGUCCUUCGUACCGCCUAUUUCGAACGAUCCGACCUGUCCCUUUACCGGAACAACCAACACGAGUACAUUUGGUCCAACCUGGUUGCCUUGGUGUGAGGGGUCGUCUGAGCUACUGGUAUACACAUAA